CUCUUUCCGUUUCCGGCCGACAUUAUUGAGUUGUUCGUUCGCCGGGUCUGUGAGGGUCGUAAGUGAAUGAAAAACUCAAAAAAACUCUAAAUUCUCUCAAAUUUGAGAGAUUCCUACCUACCUAUUCAAGCGUUUAUUACCACGUAGAUCCAUUUAUUUGGAUUAAAACAGCAUAAUGCAGUACAACGGCUUCCAUAAUCAGCAUCCGAUUUUCAGACCUCGACCAGACCGGAAUGAACAAUUCGGAAAAAUACCAUUUUUUAAUGGUAUGCCUGACUUUGGUGGACCCAAGAACUUUGGACCCCGCAUGAACAACUUUGGAAACAAAAACAAUUUUCGCCCAAGAAAUGACUUUAAUGGUGUGAGGAAUGAGUAUGGUCACAAAAAUGAUGGAAACCAAAAUGAUUUUGGUGGCCCGAAAGAAUACAAGCCCAGAAACAACUAUGAUUCUCAAAAAAGGAACGAUUAUGAUGAUGAUAAGAGUGGAAAUAUGCAAUUCUACAAUAAAAAUGAGUUUGGAGGGCCAAAGCAUCAGAACUUCAACAAGAAUGGUUUUGGACCAAAAAACUAUAACAAUCAGAAUGGUCACAAUGGACAACAACAGAGCUUUGGACCCAAGAAAACAUUCAACAUUCAACCUGGACAGCAGUCAGCUGAUUUCAACAACCGUAAACAACAAAGUAAGAAGGCGAAACACCCAGGUGAUAGCUUAGUAAAGCCAAUGUGGGACCUGGGAAACCUUGAACCUAUCCAGAAAAACUUCUAUAAACCCCAUGCUGAUGUUGAAUCUCGCACUGAAGACGAUGUAGAUGGUUUCCGUUCAACCAAGGAAAUUACGGUCAGUGGAAACAAUGUGCCACGCCCCAACCAAGUAUUUGAUGAGGGUAAUUUCCCUGACCAUGUCAUGAAUACUAUAAAAGAGCAAGGGUGGUUAGAACCUACUGGCAUUCAAGCUCAGGGUUGGCCCAUUGCACUGUCAGGGCGAGAUAUGGUUGGUAUAGCCUCUACUGGAUCGGGGAAGACUCUUGCAUACAUGCUUCCUGCUGCAGUUCAUAUUAUGCACCAACAGAGAAUUCAAAGAGGUGAUGGUCCCAUUGCAUUAAUUUUGGCACCAACAAGGGAACUAGCACAACAGAUUCAAUCUGUGGCUCAAGCUUACAGUGCUCGGGGUUGCAUCAGAAACACUUGUCUUUUUGGUGGCUCACCCAAAGGGCCACAGGCGAGAGACUUGGAAAGAGGAGUUGAGAUUGUCAUUGCCACACCUGGAAGACUGAUUGAUUUUCUGGAACGUGGCACCACCAAUUUACGCCGUUGCACAUACUUGGUUCUGGAUGAAGCAGAUAGGAUGUUAGAUAUGGGUUUUGAACCCCAAAUUCGGAAAAUUAUUGAACAGAUUCGCCCUGAUCGCCAAGUUUUGAUGUGGUCUGCUACUUGGCCUAAGGAGAUCCAAGCCCUAGCAGAAGAUUUCCUAACUGACUACAUUAAAGUCAACAUUGGAUCUUUGAAUUUGUCUGCUAAUAACAACAUCAAACAAAUUGUUGAACUUUGUGAAGAACAUGAAAAAGAGGUGAAACUCACCAAUUUAUUAAAGGAAAUUUCAUCUGAAAGAGACAAUAAAGUUAUUGUAUUUGUGGAGACAAAGAAAAAGGUGGAUGACAUUGCGCGGGCAGUUCGUCGCAACGGUCACAAAGCUCUCGCUAUUCAUGGUGACAAGUCACAGCCGGAACGCGACGCCGUGCUCACCGAGUUUAGGAAUGGCGCCACUACUAUUUUGAUCGCUACUGAUGUCGCUGCACGUGGCCUUGACGUCGAAGAUGUGAAGUUUGUAGUCAACUAUGAUUACCCGAAUUCUUCAGAAGAUUACAUUCACAGGAUUGGUCGCACAGGGCGCUGCCAACAGUCGGGCACUGCAUAUACUUACUUCACAAGCGGAGAUUCUAGACAGGCCCGUGGAUUAGUGGCAGUACUGAGAGAAACUGGUCAAAAUCCUCCGGCUAAACUAGUCGAAAUGGCUAGAAAUGCUAACAACAAUUCUGGUCGCAAUCGCUGGCAACAGCGUAAGGAGAACAACAGCAGCUCCAGCUCGCCACGCCAACAAAAUAACCAGUGGAGCAACAAAAUGGCGAAAUCGCCUGUUGAAGAGAUACAGAAUACCUUCCAGAGCCGUAGCAACAACCAGCAAGCGCCGCGCUUCAACAAUAACAACAACCAGAAUCAAGGCAAUCAGGGUUACAGACAGAAUAAUUAUCAAAAGCAAGUGCCUUUCCCUAGCCCCAAUGUUUUCGAGUCCAUGGGAACAUAUCAAGGUGGCUACAAUAAUGGAUAUCAGAGUGGAUACAACAAUCAGAAUGGAUAUGGACAGCGCACUUACAACAACUCUCGCAAUGGUGGACAUCAAUACCGUAACAACAACUCUAAUGGAAAUAAGUCUGGAUCAGGUUCUUCCUUUGGCUCACCGCCGCCGCACUUUGCUACUCCCCCACAUUACCCACAGAUGCAUCCUCAACACCAUGACAUGCUUGGUGGCAAAUUCUACGGCGGAGGUGUCGGUGGUGGUGGUCCCUGCGGUUACCAGGCCGCAGUCGGCGCUGGCGUGCCCUACCCGCACCUGCCGCCUGGGCCUCUCCUCUAUGCGGCCCCUGUUCAGCAGUAAUUUUACUACGAUAGCCAUAAAGCCCUCGGUAAUUCGUCAUUUCACAUUAUAUGCUUGACGAAAGGGCGUCAUGGCAUUUUUCCCUCUCUCUAUACUCCAAAAGAAUCUUAGAGCUACACAAUCUCUCCCUUGAUUUUUCACGAUUUCAGAAUGUUUACAUACUUUCUGAAACAUAUUAUUCUAAUCGACAAACUUGUCAUUGGAGUAUUGAGAUAUUUUCUUCUAAUUAUUUUAUUUUGAAUAUUUCUAGAUCUGAAUGAAAACUUAACAAAAUUUGAAUUGUGGUUAAUAUUAUAAGUAACAGGUAUAUUAAAAAAAAGAAAGGUCAGGGACUUGGGCUAUAUUUGUUCACCACAUUAAAGUAUAUAAACAUGGAUGCUAACAUUUAUUUAUAUUUUUGGCUUAAAAAAACAUUUAUAACUAUAAUUGAAGGAAUGUGCUCAAAUUAAAGUUGAGUUCGUUAUAGACAAUUUGACGUUUAAAUUAAAUCUUCUAAUAAUAAUACAUUAACCAAUUUGGUGAUCAAAUGAUUUUUUUAAAUGCUACCUUUGCUCCAUUGACGCUUGACUAUAUCGAUGUUAGUGUUUUUUUGCACGAUUAUUAAAUUUUGUGAAAUACUACCUGUAGGAUUUUUCUAUAUUUUUCUUCUGGUGUUCAAAUAUGGCUCAAACAAUACUUUCUCUUUCAUAAGAAAGUGAAGCAGGGCAAUUUGCUUAACACAUUAAUGCCAACAUUGUGAUGGACUUGUUUUCGUUUCCCACCUGUAAAUUUCAAAUAUAUACUGCUAUUAGUAUGAAUGCACUCCAGUGUUUUCAUAAGUUUUUUUAAUGAAUAGAUUCAUUUGUGAUCCGAAACAUAUUUUCGCGCCGUUCUCGAGGUGCCAGACUUUUUACUUGCCUACUAAGCAGGGAGAUGAUGCAGAAACAUUAUUUAUAUUAUUUAAUGUCUCCGACUAUGAUACUAUUUUUUACUUUAGCAUAUUACUUAAUGAAAUAUUUAAAUUAAUGGAAGUUUGUGUAAUUAAGUGUAUAAUCCCUGUAUUUUAUGAUUAAUAUAUCGUAUCUGGCACCGACUAUAAAAAUAACUACAAGAUACCUCGUAGAUGGCAAUUGAUGUGUUAAAUUAGAACUGUUAAUACCUGUGCACUUUUAUUUUUCAGAUACAGUUGAAUUAAUGUUAACGAAUAUGUGUGUUAGUUUAUAUAAAUUAAGGGAUUAUUCUUUGUUGGCUAGAUUCACGUUUAUCUUUUAUCAGAAGGGAUACAAAAUUGGUUCAAAGUGGUAUUUUAACACAGUCUGUCAUCAACAAAUGGGUUUUGUUCAUGUGUUCAUUUGUCUGGUUUCGACUUAGGCGGAAUUCGAAUGAAGCCAACAUAGCGUAAUCCAAGAUAAGAUUCGAGGUGGAUGCUUUGGACUAACUUGUGGAUUCCACCAUUAGAUUUAAUCAUUAUAUUUGUUAGAGUAGUUGGUGUGGGUACCCUCUUGUGUAAUCCCGGGUGCCUUUCGUUUUUUCUUUUAAUAUGUCUGUAUGAUGUACGAAAUGCACGAAACAUUAGAAGAUGAGUGAAAUUUUAGCAGAAGUAAAGAGACCGAAAGCUAUCUAAAGUAUUUUAAUAAAUUAUUUUAUUGUUAAUCCAGUGAAAAAUGGAAACUUAGUAUUAGAACGCGUUGAAGUAAUGCUUUUAAAUUACAUACUUGGUAUUAACAAUCUGUAUUGCCAGAUAAAAUUGUGAAUAUUUUUCUUAUGCACAGUGAUGACAUUGAGGUCACUGAGUUGAAGGCUAUUUUUUUAUUGAAGGAUUAGAUCUUGAUAUUGAAUAUUAAAAAUAUGUUAUGCCUAGGGAUAUUUAUUAGUCUGCGUCAAAUUGACUACAGACGAAAGCUGGGCUUGAAAUGCUAUAUCAAACAGUUUUAACAUCUUAAUAUGUAGAAAGUAUGUAAAUAACAUGCAUUUACCUUAGGCAGAUUAGUAUUUUGAGCGUGAUAGAUAAUGAACAAUGUUUAUUUUCGUUUCUUAGCAAAAUAAGCGAUUUCAUGGUAUUUGUUUUUUUUUUGGAUUACUUUUAUGUGAUUUCAGAUAAUUUGACUAGAUAAUUACUGAAGUUUCUUUGUACGUAAACGGGUUUAAGGGCUUAAGAUAGGAGUCAAUAGGUACAAAAUAUGAUGCAGUUAUUACGUACGUAUUAGAAAGCCCGUUGCAGUCCAAAGAUUUGUAAAAAUCUGUGAUAUUUCAUUACUAUAUAACCUAUCGUUGCGUUGGUCAAUUGUUAAUGCAUAAGAACACUCCCAUUGUCUGGAUGGAUAGUGUUUUACUAGACAAAAAAUAUAUAUUUUUUGACUAUUUGAAGGAAUUUCACGAAUGGUGUGACUCAUUGCUCGCGACACGUUCACAGAUAUAAUAAUAUAAUAGUUGUAAGAUUUAAUAAUUUAUUGUUAUUCAAUUUAGUUUUCAGUUAACCUGUAGGUGACGAAAUUGAACCAGUUUAAAAGGGACGUAAAAGUUAUUAUCUCUACCUAAUAAGAAUCCCGUAAAACAUGUAAGGUGUUAUAAAACCAGGUCUCAGCAGUUAAAAAGGGGUGAACAACGUGUUUACGAGUCUCGCGUUACAGCCCAUUAGGAUGCGAGAUUUACUUUGUUAUUAUGUACAAUAUUAAUGAGACUGCCAAUGAAAGAUGUGUAUAAUGAGCAUAAUCUCAUCUCAAAGAUGGUUCCUACAGCAAACAUGCCCUCGGGAGUCGUUACUAGUUUGUUGCUAUUUGAUAUCCAGAGAGAAUGUGAUGUAGUGUGCGAUGUCAGUCUGCUGGCAGUAGGAAGGUUGGCUAGUUACGUGCG